AUGGAAAUAUCAAAGAAACUCUGGGAUGGUACAAUCCCACUAUGCAUAAUAUUCUCUCAUGAGGGAGUGGAUAGAGAAUUAUACUUGGAGAUACAUAGAGUCUCUUAUUUCCCUCUAAUUUAUGAAAAGCUCGUGCUGUAUUUUCUGCACUACGAUACGGGGUUGAAUAUAGAUAAGAUCUGGUUGGAGUUUGAUGAUGGCCAGUCUAAAGUUCCGAUUCAGUGGAAUAUUCCGCUGGGUUUACUUUACGAUCUAUUACACACAACCAGUGGUAACAAUUCUAUUUGGACGUUGAGACUUGUGCAUAAUAACUAUCCAUCGAAACACAUACUACCACAUGCUAAUGUAACGCAUCUAAAGACUACAUAUAUGAAUCAAAUUAAGCAAUCGUCGUAUGUCCUCUAUGGAAACUCUAAAGCCAUAAUGAGUUUGUCGGCCGGUAAAUCCGAAGAAUUGUGGAACUCUGUAGUAAAGCAUAAUUGGACCUUAUACGAGGCAAUCAGUACCAAUGAUAUAACUAAGAAUAAGAAUAUCCUAAGGGUACCGGUAAAAUUGUUUAUAUCGGGGUCGCCAGUAGUCAUUCAAGCUCCUAUCUUCCCCAGUGCUAAGAAUGGUGUACUGCACACAACUUUAAAAGAUGUACUCUAUGAGCAUGUACCGACGCUAUUCCAUGGGGGCAUUACAGCUAAAGUAAUUGUCCACGGAGUAGAUAUAAGCUUUCUACUCGAUAGCAAAGAUUCACCUUCGAUAUUGGAAUUAUGGAAAUUAUUCAAAAAUGUGGAUAAUUUUCUUAAUCUUAUUAUCCGGGCUCCUGCUGAUAGUGUCACUGAUAAUUACUUAGCAAAUAUUGCAACCACUAGAAUAGUAGCGUGA